CGAUUAGAAAUAUCACUCAUUUUUUUUCUCUGACAUUUCUACUCUCUGGUUCAAGUUCUACUUAUUGACAGCAUACAGAAAUAGAAAAUUCACUCCUCUAGAUGGAGAUCCCAUUAAUAUUUAAAUGGAUGUCUCAGAUUUCUUGAGUCUUCUUUAAAGUUUCCUUCAAAGCUUUGUCACGUGGUUCCCAGAUCUUUCACCAUCUUGUUUGUCUCAUGAACAUAGCCCCAUGGAUAUGGGUAGUCCCAGUGGAUAACCAUUUGAAAUAGAGGUCCAAGAACUGGAUACGAUAUUUUCAGAUGCAGCCUGAUUCACACAAGGUACAACAGAAUCUCCCUUGGUUCAUAAUAUGGUUCCACUAUUACAGCCUACAAUAGCACUAGCAUUUUCAGUGCCCAUGACAAUAUUGACUCACAUAGAAUGUACUAAAAUUUCCGUCUUUUUCAUUCCUUUGUCCCCUUUGUCUGUUUUUAUACAACUAGGUAGCAUCCACACAUAGCUGUCUCACCUGUGCUUUUCCUGUCUUCCCUCCUCAAGCAGGCCGCAGAUGGUGGACCUAAGGAAUGGGAGCACAGUGACAGAGUUUAUCCUCGUGGGCUUCGAGCAGAGCUCCUCUUCCACUCGGGCAUUGCUCUUUGCCCUCUUCCUAGCCCUCUACAGCCUUGCCAUGGCCAUGAAUGGCCUCAUCAUCUUCAUCACCUGGACAGACCCCAGACUCAACAGCCCCAUGUACUUCUUCCUUGGCCAUCUGUCCUUCCUGGAUGUCUGCUUCAUCACCACCACCAUCCCACAGAUGCUAAUCCACCUGCUGGUCAAGAACCACACUGUCUCCUUUGCCUCCUGCUUGACCCAGAUGUAUCUGGUUUUUGGUGUAGGUGUGGCCGAGUGCAUCCUCUUGGCUUUUAUGGCCUAUGACCGUUACGUUGCUAUCUGCCACCCACUCAGCUAUGCACAGAUCAUGAGCCGGCAGGUCUGUGUGAAGCUGGUGAGUACUGCCUGGUUCUUUGGGCUAAUCAAUGGCAUUCUGCUUGAUUAUAUGACAUUUCGUGGUCCAUUCUGUAGAGACAACCACAUAGAAAACUUCUUCUGUGAGGCCCCCAUAGUGAUUGCCCUCUCUUGUGGAGACCCCCAGUUUAGCCUGAAAAUGAUCUUUGCUGAUGCCAUCGUGGUGCUGCUCAGCCCCAUGGUGCUCAUUAUUAUCUCCUAUGCCCGUAUCCUGGCCUCCAUCCUUGGCAGAACCUCUUCCUCAGGUCGGGGGAAGACCUUCUCUACUUGUGCCUCCCAUCUGACUGUGGUCAUCUUUUUCUAUACCUCAGCCAUGUUCUCUUACAUGAAUCCUCGCAGCACACAUGGCCCUGACAAAGACAAGCCUUUCUCCCUUCUCUACACCAUCAUCACCCCCAUGUGCAACCCCAUCAUCUAUAGUUUUCGAAACAAGGAAAUGAAGGGGGCCAUGGUGAGGGCCCUUGGGAGGACCAGCCUGGCCCAGGCAGAAUCUAUCUAGCGGGAAGACUCCUGGAAGAGAGGU